GAUUAAAGUGCUAUUUUCUUUCUUUUUGUUCGAUGGUUGCUAAUUGAUGUCGUUAUGGUUUCCUGUUUGUUGCUUGUUUUUUGUUUUUGUUUAUUUGAUGGCUUGUAUGGUAGUAAGCUCGCCACGGGGAAGGAAUGGACAGCUUGCGAUGGGUGAGAUUGACGUGGUUUCGAGUAAAUUAAAACAUCGCUGGUUGGGUCGUAGGAAGUGACUGGAAAGCUUGUGCUGUUACUGUUGCUCUCUGCGUAUAUUGAUUAGGAU